AUGGCUUUUCGUAAUCGUCAGUCCAUGAUACAAUGGAUGCAAACACCAGGGAUAAUACCCAAUUGUCCACCUGGAUUGGAAUAUCUGACUCAGAUACAUCAGUUACUAGUGUGUCAACGUUUCGAUCUUCUGGAAGUUCUCGGUUGUUUUGCAACUAGUAAAAAAUAUGAAGUCAUGAACAAUCAAGGACACAGAAUUUAUUAUGCAGAAGAAAGAAGUAAUUGUUUCCUCCUAUAUCUCUGUGGACCUUCAAGACCUUUUACCAUGACAAUUUAUGAUAAUGUAGGCCGUGAUGUCAUUACUAUGCAUAGAACUCUAAGAAGUAGCUGUUGCUGGAGAAACUGCUACGUACAAAAGCUAAAAGUUGAAGCUCCUCCUGGUGAAAAAAUUGGAUAUGUGUAUCAAUACUUUCACCCAUUUUUGCCAAAGUUUAAAAUAAAAAAUGAGAAUAAGGAGGAUGUAAUGAAAAUUAGAGGGCCAUGUAUGCUUUCCAGCUGUCUCACGGAUUUAGAUUUUAAUGUGAGGUCUCUGGAUGAAGAAAUAGUUCUUGGCAAAAUUUCAAAAAAAUGGGCUGGAUUUAUGAGGGAACUAUUCACCAAUGCUGAUAAAUUUGGAAUCCAGUUUCCAUUGGAUCUUGAUGUUAAGAUAAAAGCGCUGAUGCUUGGAGCAAGUUUCCUCAUUGACUACAUGUACUUUGAACACUGGCCAUAA